UGUUGGCGUUGUCAAGAACAGUGCUCGGUCAAACUCAACUUCAUACUUUUACGAUAACAUGGCUGGAAUUAGCUGGCACUAUGUCUUCAAAUUCAUUAUCACCGGCGACGCAGCUGUGGGGAAAUCAUCACUCCUCAUACGAUUAACAGACCAAAGAUUCCUCGCGAAUCCUGAUCCGACACUAGGAGUCGAAUUUGGGUCGAAGCUCAUCACGAUUCCAGAAGAAAAUAAGAUCAUCAAGCUACAAUGCUGGGACACUGCAGGUACAGAAUCAUUUCGAUCCAUUACACGCUCAUACUACCGUGGCGCCGCUGGCUGCCUGCUGGUAUACGACGUAACUUCACGCAAGAGCUUCCUCAACGCACGAACAUGGCUGGCAGAUGUUCGUCAGCAUGCAGAUCCACAUCUUACCUGUAUCCUAGUUGGAAACAAAGUCGAUCUAUGCCAGGACGAGUCGGAAUUGGAGUCCAACUCAAAUGCAGAACGUACAUCCUCGACGCGCGUACAUAAUCAAUCCAACGCCGCCAAACACAAGCGCCAAGUAUCCGUAGAAGAAGCCGAGUUAUUUGCCAAAGAAGAAGGUCUCCUUUUCGUGGAAAGCAGUGCCAAGUCAGGUUUGAACGUCGAGAGAGCUUUCGAACAGGCUGCGAGGGAUAUCUUGGACAAGAUACAUCGAGGGACAUUUGAUGAUGAUCAGUCUCCUGGUGUAAAACUCUCGAAGCCUGCUACAGGGAACACACCAAACAACACCUUAUCUCUUGAUGGUGUCCGGAGUCGACCUUCAUGUUGCAGCUCUUGAUCUAUAACUGCGUCUCCCAUGUUGAUCCCGAGUAUGUAUGGACCGAUACAUUGUCCUCCGAUAUUACUCUGGGUUGGACUGUUUUCUGAGGGAUUGGGACAGACAGACAUGAAUGACCCUGUCGGUUCGUCUCCCCGCUUCUGUAUGUGUCGUCUUCAUCGUCACAAUCACUUAAGCGUAAGUGAGGUUUCGUGGAUAUUCAUUCACUCAUUAGUAUUUCUCGAUGUUGUAGUAUAUGUAGAGUAUAUGUAGCAAUUGUAUGGUGACGUACAACACCAAAUUUUUGUGUCAGUAUUCCAGAUGUACUUCAAAUACAGCGACAUAGGCUAUAGCUUCGUCGAAAGGACGUAGAAUAUAAAAUCGACCGG